UCAUGUCAGUGACGCGAGCAGAGAGAAGGGCAACGCAACAGCAGCACCCAGCAUAGAGUCACAAUCCAUCCAUAUAUUCUUCUCUCUGAACCAAAGCUGAAAACAACAGUUUAAUAAAGAGAGAAAGGACCGCUUGGAUUUUGCGGCUUGUUAUCAGGCCACAGUCAUAUAUAGAAAAAUGACUAAAGACGACACUGCCGAUGUAGAGGAGGCCCAGCCUACCUCCGAUUUUACCAUUCCAAAACAUGAAUCUCGCAAGAAGCCCAUAGUCCAUCCAUCUGCCCAGGCCCCGCUCCCCAAAGACUAUGCCUUCACAUUCUUUGAUCCGAAUGACCCAGCCUGUUUGGAGAUUUUGAUGAAUCCCAGCACCACCGUCCCUGAGCUGUUUGCUAUCAUCCGUCAGUGGGUCCCCCAAGUGCAGCACAAGAUUGACAUAAUCGGUGAAGAGAUUUUAAAGCGUGGAUGUCAUGUUAAUGACCGUGAUGGACUGACAGACAUGACUCUCCUGCACUACAGCUGCAAAGCAGGGGCUCAUGGAGUGGGAGACCCUGAGGCAGCCCUCAGGCUGACCAAUCAGCUGAUUGCUCUAGGUGCAGAUGUCAGCCUCCGCAGUCGUUGGACCAACAUGAAUGCACUCCACUAUGCUGCUUACUUCGAUGUUCCUGAGUUGAUCCGGGUUCUGCUUAAAGCUUCUAAACCUAAAGUACUCAACUCUACCUGCAGUGACUUCUACUAUGGCACUGCCCUGCAUAUUGCUGCCUCCAACCUCUGCCUGGGAGCUGUCAAGUGUCUUCUGGAGCAUGGAGCCAAUCCCACUGUCAGAAAUGAUAAGGGCCAAGUCCCUGCUGAUGUGGUUCCUGAUCCCAUGGACAUGAGCCUGGAUAAAGCAGAAGCAGCCAUGGUGGCUAAGGAGCUAAAGCAGCUGCUGUUAGAUGCAGUGCCCCUCAGCUGUAACCUUCCCCGUGUCACCUUGCCCAACUAUGACAACAUUCCUGGAAACCUCAUGCUGUCUUCUCUUGGUCUGAAGUUGGGUGAGCGUGUGCUUCUGGAUGACAUGAAGGCGGGCACCCUUCGUUUCUGUGGAACCACUGAGUUUGCUAGUGGUCAGUGGGUGGGCAUUGAGCUGGAUGAGCCAGAGGGCAAGAAUGAUGGGAGUGUGGGUGGAGUUCGCUAUUUCAUCUGUCCUCCCAAACUGGGAAUCUUUGCCCCUGUGUCCAAAAUCAAAAAAGUUGUGGAUCAAACCCCUUCCUCAGUCACCUCCACUCCCAAAACCCCCCGCAUGGACUUUUCCCGUGUCACUGGCAAAAUCAAGAAAGAGAAAAAAGAGAAAGAUCAUGAGAAAUCGUUGAGGAAGAAAUCUCGGUCAGUGGCCAGUCUGGAUCCUGAUGGAGUGAAGAUUGAAGUGGGAGACCAGGUUCUAGUGGCUGGACAGAAGCAAGGAAUUGUGCGUUUUUAUGGCAAAACAGACUUUGCACCAGGCUUUUGGUUUGGUGUGGAAUUGGAGCAGCCCACUGGGAAACAUGAUGGCUCUGUGUUUGGAGUUCGCUACUUCAGCUGUUUGCCCAAAUAUGGAGUCUUUGCACCACCUUCACGUGUUCAGAGAAUUGGAGGACCAAAAGAAUCCCAGGGUGAUGGGAAGCUGGUGAAGAAAGUUCACCAGGUGACUAUGUCCCAGCCAAAGCGUAACUUCAGUGCGGUGAGGUCUCCCAAAGACAUCACAUCUGAGAACUCCAUAUCCAGCAGGUUGCUGUUCUGCUGCUGGUUCCCCUGGAUGCUACGUGCAGAAAUGCAAUCCUAAACUCACUACUUAUUACUCCUCUUCCCCAUGCCCAUCUUUCUAUUCCUUCCCAAAUGAUAGUUAUCCUCUCACUGUCCAUCCAUUUACAUUUAAUCAUUUGGCAGAUGCUUUCUUCAAAGCGACCUACAAAUGAGACACAAUAUAAUCCAAAAAUGGAGCUGAGGAUUAAAGGUUUUGCUCAAGGGCCGUCAGUUCUCUGGCAGUUUAACUCCCAAUCUUCUUCUAACUAGCUCUAAACCUUAAAGCACUGAGCUAGCACAGUCUGAGCAGCCGUCCAUCCUUAAAUUGGGCUUUCCACUAAGAAUCAUGCAGACUGUCAGAGGCACAAAUGUGCAAGGUCCCUCUCCCAGCCUUCCCCUUUGACUGCAGUUCAAUAGCAAAAACUAGUGCCUUGUAAAGAAACAAUGUCCUGCAUUCCAUUUGUUAAUGAUCAGUAAAAGAACAAGGUAUCCUGAAUUCUGAAUUAGGGAAAAAUCCCUAACAAAAGCCAUUCAUUAGUACAAAAAUGUAGAUAAUUUUAUGUUGCCAAAAAUCACCCUAAAAUGAAGGCCAUAAAAACAUACAGGCAGAUGUCUUUGUGGGCUUUGGUUGUCUCUUUUUUAUUUUAAGAAGCAGCUUUAUUCAGUUUACCCACAUACCCGGGCCUAAAAUUUAUCGUGGUUGCAGUUGCUUCAUUAUCCACUGUUAUUAUUUCAGUGGUCAGUCGAAAACCAAGCUUUUAAAUGCCUUUACAUUAGUUAGUUCGUUCAGCAGUUAUUGCUUGUAUGUGGAUAAUUCAUGUCAUUCUAAGAGAUGUUAAAUUUACAUAUACAAUGACAUUAAGUAGCAAUACAUUAUCUAAUGCUACAGGAGACAGGAUUUAUUGUAAUUGUAAUUGCUGUUCCCAAUACAAGUAUGCAUUAUAUUCAUAUUGAUGUGCUCUGCAUGACAGUGGGCAGACAUGGUUAUACAGGCCAGUUAAUUAACAGUUAAAUAAAAUAAAUGUAAUUUAUAAUAACCCACACUACCACACUACACUACAUACUCUAAAGGGUUCAUUAAUAAACUCAUAUAAUUCUGUAAUUUUUCUAUGUAAACCACAAAAAUAGGACAAAUACUACCCUAGUAAAAUCACCUGUUUUAAAGAAUAAGUAUAUUCAGUUAAUUAGCCAAUCAGUCAAAUUAUAUAAUGGAGUGACACUGAAACAGAUUUACUUAUGAAAGUAAUUUUUAUGUAUAAUUUAAUGAGUCAACGAUCAUAUUCAAUUAAUCUACAAUAAAUUCUUGUACAUAAUUUUCUGAAACAUCUCUCUCUCUCUCUCUCUCUCUCUCUCUCUCUCUCUCUCUCUCUAUAUAUAUAUAUAUAUAUAUAUAUAUAUAUAUAUAUAUAUAUAUAUAUAUAUAUAUAUAUAUAUAUAUAUAAUUUAAGUUUUAAUAGGUCUUAUUAAUGAUCCACUUCAGCACUUCUAGCAGUCAUGAAAGUGUGUAAAUAUAUUUGUCAACAGCAAUAUUUAACCUACAUCAACUUGCUCUUUGAAUAUGGCUGACAUAUUAGUGUUCUUAAGCACAGCAUGACUCAGAGCUCCAAUCUCAACUUUCUGCCUUUAACUAAUUUAACUGUUUUGGGUCAUCUCAGUUACCUUCAUCACAAGCAGGAUUAAGAGGAAUUGUGACUCAUCAUUGGUCUACAGCUAUUGGCAAACUGUGGGGGGAAAAAACUAAAUUGGCUUGUAUACCUUUUCUACAAUCAACUUGAUCAACAGAACUGCACAAAAAAAAAAAAAAAAAAAAAAGUCAAAUGCAACACUGCUUAACAAAUCUGGAUUUUUUUCCAUGGUGUUGUCAUACUGCAACUUAUUCAUGUAUUAUUGAAUUUGUGUAGUGCAAUCAUCGUCUCUGUAGUGAUAUGAGACUAGUGAAAGGCAUUUAAGAUUGAGUGCAAAACAUCCUGCAGUAUAACCAGUAGUAAAUGCAAUCACUGAAAUGUGGCGAUUUGUGACAAGUGUAUUGUUUUAGGGUGACUUUUUAAGCUAUACAUAUUUCAGUAAAAUAUACUAUACAUGUUCCAUCAAAAUGCUAUUACUUCAAUUUCUAAACAUGUUUCAUUUCAUUCAUUUUCAAAAGAAAUAAUGGGUAGAUAUUUUAACUGCAAUUCAGAGUGCUGGAAUAUCUCUCUGUUUCAUUCCUUACCAGAUCAAGAGGUGGAAAAAAUGUUUAAGUAUUUAACGCAUUUUGUUAAUCUACCCAGUCAUGUAGGCUACUUGAUAUUAUUGAUUUGUAAACAUUUAUUUGUCCAAAAAGAUAUAUUUUGAUAAUUUCACUAUGUAUUUUUUAAAUGUGCAUCAGUUGGACAACCUGGUGUCAAUAUCCAUGUUUGUGUUCAUGUGAACUAUCUACUACAAGAAAUAUUUGUGAUGAUUGUUCUGCUUGGAGUCAGUUCUGGGUUUGCUAACUAAGCUACUGCAUGCUGUUAUUAUGAAUUUGUUUUCCUUUUUUUUUUCAGUCGUGUAUUAGCAUGUUAAUAACAUCAAGUGGGAAUCCCCCCACCCCCCAUGGAUAUACCAUGGAUAUACCAUUUAAUAGAUAUACCAUUAAUAAACGUGGUGUUUUCGUACAUGAUUUUCUUGCUGUGAUUUGUAGAAAGCUUAAGCAUACAUGAAUGGAUAUGUUGGUUUAAAAAAAGAAGAAGUACAAAACAACAAUGCAGUUUAUGCGAAACAUUAAGCUUUAUUUUGUUUAAAACCGCUGUUCUGUAAAUAAAAAAUAAGAUAAAUGAAAGUUGUUUAAGGA